GGUCACCUAAGGUCAUCCAGGAAAUCGGCAACGUGUUGUGUGGGCAUGUAGAUUUCAACAACAGAUUUCAGCUGUCCUAUUAAACACGGAAUGGAAUAUUUGGAGUGGUUGAUCAUGAGUUAGUUUGUUCCCAUUAGAUUAGAAGAGGAGGUACUGCUGUUGAAGCUAUGGAGGACUUGAAGAAGAGACUGGAGUUUGCGAAUCCAGCCAUUCAGAACCAGGCAGUGGCCAGGUUGUACCAACAGGUGGUUACAAAGAAGGGGAAAACAGAAAUCAAUGCAGGCACACCUAAGAUUGCGGAGCUGUCCCUUCUGUGGGAUAAGAGCACUGAUGCUGACCCAGUUGUGAACUCAGCCUGUUCUGAGGCCCUGGUAACACUGGUGUACCAGCAACAUGCCGAGUGGGAAUAUGUCCUGAACGGGAUAUUGAAUAUUGUGCCCUCUGGAAGGAAUCUGACAGCUGUUCUGAAGGCUGUCUCUGACUUGCUGAUACUCCAGGUGCUUCACUGUCUACAGAAGGAUGGCUCCUACAUCUGUCCAUUUCAGAUGAGGACCCCUCCCCACCCGUUUAUCACCAUUGUUGUGAACCGGGCCGACAGCUGGCCACUGAUAUUGGAGCAGGUUAGCUACCUCUUCAACCUGGGGGAUCACAGGAUCCAAGCCAAGGCACUGGCUAUGUUGGAACCCUUCCUGAAGUAUGUGUUCCUUGAGCCCUCCCACUCGGCACAGUACAGCCAGCUAAGACUGGGGCUGUGGAGGAGACUGUUACAGAUAUCCGACAGUGCAGAUGUUGCACAGGCACAGGGCAUUGAUAACCUGUUGGUCGAACUCUUGCCAUCCAUUCAGCUGGAGCCCAGUUCAGCACUACAGGAGGGUCUGUUACAAGUGGAGGACCUGGUCACCCAUCUGCUGAGACACAAGAGGGAGUUUGUGUAUGGGAGGAAAACAGUUGCCUGUCACCUUCUAGUCCUCACACAUGCUCUACUGGUACAGGGCAGCGACGUCACCUCCGUCUUAGACACUGUUCUCAAGAUUGCAGAGGAUGAACCUGAGGCAUUGCCAGGUGAUGUUUCCCUUGUCAUUCUCAGCUGUCUACUCUUGAAGGUGCCUACAACUUAUGUAAAGACUCUGCUCAAAAUAGCCACGAGAGUCACCAACCCUCUCACAACUGAUGCAGGGAUAGCCCGAGUCCUUCUCUUCCCACUGUUACAAUGUGUUGCUGGGACAAUGGGGGCAUCAGUAGGGACAAAAGGAACUGGAGAGGUGCAGACUUUAGCAAGAGAACUCUUCAGCUGUGUGGAGGAAAGCACCAAGAGAGAGACUAGGGCAUCGUCAGUACAGGAUGAAAUUCACAAGGUCAUCGAUCCCUGGUUUAAUCUGAUGUCAUCUACUGCCCUAUUGGUCAUCCACCUCCAAAGAGACCCUGAUGCAGCUUCUGAUUGGCUAAAGGCUGUCCAAUCAGGACUGAGCCAGUGCAGCACAGUGCCAGACCAUGUUGUGUUGGUUGUUGCCUCUCUGGUGCUCAGUCCCCACACAGAUGUGCUCUAUCCCGCCUUAGAGGUACUCGCAGCACUAGCAAAAGCUGAUGUAGCAAAGGUAUUUUGUUUCUUUUGCCAUACAUUUUACCAUGUAAAAUUCUCGUGCCAUAAAUUCAUCUCUAUAUGCUGGUUACAGGCCCCCUACCUGCUGUCCCUGUUGCUGUAUAGACUAGGACAGGAGAAGGAUGCUGAACUCCACAUGAAGCUGCUGUACACUGCACCCAAAUUAGCCACACACAAGGUGUGCAUUCCUCCAAUACUGAAGACUCUCCAGGUGCUUGGAGCCCAUGCCCACCUCAGGGCUGUGUCUUUAAGACUCCUUACGUCACUCUGGGAACAACAGGAUCGCAGCUUUCCUCAUCUGCAGAAGUUGCUCCUGUGUGAACUGCCUGCCAGUCAUCCACCUGCUCAGGUCCUGGAGAUGAACAUGGCCAAGGCAGCUUCUGUCAGGGACAUAUGUAAACUGAGGGCACAUCAACACGGUGCUGACUUGUUGCCUGUCCUGUCUAAGAUCCUGAAUGACUGUACCUCGGAGCUGGACGCUGUGCCGGCCAGUCUGGCACUGGACGGGCUCACGGCCCUGUGUCAGGCCGAGGUGGUGGACAUCAGAACAGCCUGGUCAGUCCUGGCUUCCAAACUAGAGACAGACCAGAGACCCCUGGUCCUUAGUCACGUAUGUGAGCUGUUUUCCCUUGUGCCUGCACUUGCCGUCAAUACACCAGAGUAUGAGAACUUUCAGGAACAGGUGACUUUUCUCCUGUGGCAGCUGAUCAAAAGCAAGAGCCCUGUAGUGGCUGGUGCUGCAUUUGCUGCCUUGUCACAGUACAGCCCAGAGUGCUUCAAAGUGGCACACCUACCAGAACCAGUGCGUCCUGAGAGAAAAACACCAGAAAAAGGAGAUGGGGAAGAGGAAGAGCAGGAGGAGGAGGAAAUGAUAAUCCCAGGGUCAUCUUACACUAAACUCAUGAUUAUGGUGGACAGCAUCAAAGUCUUGGAAAAUUUUGAAAAGUUCCUGAGUUCUCUGGUCCAGCAUGAAAUGGCCAACAUGCCUAGAGGGGUGUACCACUCUGUCGGGCAGGGGCAGGCAGGUAGAGGUCCCCAGAACCGGGCAGUGGCAGGUAUCCCAGCAUUCAUGCUGAGGCAGUAUGAGAGGAACAAGCAGCCUGGAAUGCAGCAGGUGCUAGCAGCUGGACUGCUGUGUUGCUAUGACUACCCAGUUCAGGUGGAUGGUAGCGGUGCUCCUGUCAGGAGACAUGUGGUGACCAGGGGCAAAAUGUAUCAGAAGAUGUUCCAGACACUUCUUAAUGAGGUUCCCUUCCAGCAUACCGAGUGGUCUCGUCUGUUGCCCCUUCCUCAGGCAUGGUCUGCUUUCAUGGACAGAGUCUACCAUGCAGUUCUAAAGGGUCGAAGGGCAGAGCUGGAGAUGCAGCAGAAACACCAAACUGACACAGAGGAGGAGAUCAAGUACAAACAGGACGUUGCCUGGCUGUGGGUCAGGGAUAAGCUUGUUGACAUCAUAAAGACAGCAUCAGUAGGCACACCUACUGCUCAGGCCAACUCAGUGCUAGCUGUGGCAGGACUGGCCGGCACAGUGAUGAGGUACAUGGCCAGUCUAGGUGCAGAGGCAACCCGGAUCCAACAGGAGGCGUCAGAGCACAACAGCUGCUCCCACUGGCUGGGCAUGCUCACUGAUCUUCUGAUGUGUGUGGCUGAUUCAAAGUACAAGCCGAAGGGACGGACACUGGGCCUUUUCCAGCAGAAGUCCCGAGGUGGAGCCCCGUCAUGUAGCAUGUUAGCCCGUGCCUGCUGUAGCCUGGCCUUCUCCCAGCUUAUCCCUGUUCUUGUCACCAACAACGUGGAGCGUAUCCACCACAUGAUCCGCAUCCUGGUCUCCGGGCUGCCGGGGAAACCGCAGGCGGACGAAUCCUCCACCGUGGUGUUCUGUCAGGGGCUGGGGCUGGGGAUGGUGCUGGCCAGGCUGUAUGAGGAACACUUCAGCGAUGUCACCGGUAGGGAGGGAGCCAUGCUGCUGAUGAAGACACUGGACCAGCUAGAGAAUGUGUGCUUCAACACAGGCCUAGAAAAUAGCUCUGGCUGUGUGCUAGGUUUGGGUAUAGUUCUGUCAGCCCUGUCAGGACAGAGUGCCACAGAGAGUAGAGUCCACACCACGGCUACCAUAGAGAAGAUGUUCUCCCUGCUGGACACUGUGGACAAUCGGGACUUGAAGGAGGUCCUUCCUGUGGCUGUUUCUCUAUCUGCUGUGUCAGCGUUCAGCUCCAAUGUGCUGUCAGCUGAGGAGGCGGACUCUCUCAAGACAAAGCUGGUCACUAUGUACAAAGCACAUCCACAGUCCAGCCCUGUUGCCCAGGCCCUGGGCAUGUUGUGCCACGGACUGUCCAGCUCUGGACAUGUGCAGGCUGCUGACCUCUCCAGUCAGCUACAUGGAACCUGGACAGGCAUCCUCAGGGCAAAGCUUCAGAGUUCCCCCACGCUGCUGCAGUUAGCCUCCCUAACAGGACUGGUGUCCCUCUCAGGAACAGAGGCUGCACUCAUCCAGAUGACAGAGGAGGUGGUAGAGUCAUCAGAAGUGCAGCUGCAGCUGAACGACACGGUGAAGCUGCUGAACCAGCUGGUCCAACACUGCCCCAACGUGGGCGUGCAGAGUAACACUGCCUGGAUGUUAGGGUACCUGUACAUGGCCGCUACCUCCAUGGCACACAGCAGGUCCAGUGUCCCCUCCAACUAUGGCUACCUACCAGAGACCAGUGUCCUGAGACCUACAGUAGACUUCAUUAUUGAAGCAGGAAGAAGAGGUCCAGAAGCUAUCCCCCCUCCUUAUGUGAAGACAUCACUUGAGGCUCUGUUGUCAGCUACUGCUCGAACCUUCCCACCUGUCAACUGGGCAGCUAUCCUGGCACCCCUCAUGAGACUCUCAUUUGGGACAGACAUCAAGAUACAGUGUCUGAAGCUUGUGGUGUCCCAGGCUUCAGCUUCACCCAGUGCAGCGCUGCUCCUGGCCUCAUGGGUCUCACAACCUUUGUUUGAUAGCCUGGAGGUGAAGUGCCAGUCCACACUCUACUCUUCACUUCCUACCAUCAUGAAGAGCCUGACUGCUGCUAAAUUCAAGGCCUUUUUGGAAGACUGUGCCUUCCAGUCAUUUGUAAUGGAGGAACCAGACCCAAGCCUGCACCUGUCGGUGACCAAUGGCCUUCUGGCUGCAUUAAAAGUGCCAGACCCACCACAAAUGGCAACCCAGCUGUUGUACCACACAGUAGAGAAGGUGUGCAGAGAGAUAGGCUUCAGAAGUGCGACCCUUCAGGUGCUGUCCAGCCUUGGCGAGUGCCUUGCUGAACUCCCAGAGGAGCUGGCAGACAACAUCACCCAACCACAUGGACAGGCUGAUCUUCUGAAGUCCUGCUAUCUGCGAGGUCACAUGGUGUCUUACGGCCAUGUAACCAUGGCAUGGUACAACAGCUGUAUUGAUGUGGCUAUACAGGCCAUACAGCAUGCUCAAACAGAGGGAGACAAGGUUACACAACAACUCACCAAAAGCUUCUAUCAGUGUACUCAGUCUAAAAGUCAACACACAGGUGAAAGAGCCAGAAUUCAGUGGUUGCUGGAAGUUAUGGGACAGUGCAGGAACAUUGCUUACGGGAAGAUCCCACUCUCACAGACUCAGUCAUCAGACAGCACAAACAAGGUGACCAAAUUCCUGUUUGAUGUAUUCUGUGCUGCUGUUACGUGUUGGAGCUGUGUUAGUCUGCCUCUGCUGUGGGGAAUCACUGGGACUGAUUGUCAGACAGCUACCCAGUCUGCAGACACUGCAGAGUGGUCCUCAGAAAGCAGAAAGCUGGAGACAUUACCACUCUUGCCAUAUGCUAUUCUUCGGCUGGUAGCAUCAGAGCCUUGGGCCCAGGUUGUGGAUAAGCUUGUUGAUUGGCUGAUGGAGAUGCUUCAGGCUCCGGUGGAUCUUCCCAAGAAGUACAGGGCAGCUCUGAUGGGGUCUGUGCUGGCCUUACGACAUAUGACGGUGUUCAAGAAGCCCUCAGUCUGGACAAGAGCUUACCAGAUGUUCUGAUUUUCUGCCAUGGAAUUGUACUCUCCAAGCAGAGGUUUGGGUUUUGGGGGUAUUUUUAGAGUGUUUUUCGGCUUUUUUAUCGGGGU